AUGGGAGUAUUAACCCAAGCCGCAUUUGACCCGCCGCCGAAUGUGCAGCAAUCACAGCAGCAGCAGCAGCACGUCAUUGCCGGGUUCCCACAGGUUCAGCCCUUACCGCCACAAGCCUCGUUCGACGUCGUGCCGCCAAUGCAGCCCCAACUGUUCACGCCCCCGACCCCGACUGCUCUGGGCCCGGGAAACGAUGGAUAUGAGGGUGAGCUGCAAAGCUGGUUCGAUGAGUCUGCCCAGGCAGGUGGCUGGGUUGGCAAUGGCGCAGGGAUGGGGAUGGGCUACUACUGA